AUUACACAACACAGUUCCGCAAAUCUAGUCUGUUUGUGUUUUGACGUUUUAAAGAGCUCUUCAGACCACCACACAAGUCCAUAAGCAAGGACACAGUCAGCGUUCUACACAUCGGAUAAAAAAAAAAAAAAACGGAGACAAAAUGGCAUCAGACUCUCCACGCAGACCUAGUCGCUGUGCUGGAGGGGUUCUGGUGCGAGCACAAGCUGCUACGGAGCAGUCUUACAUGGAAAGUGUGGUGACCUUCCUGCAAGAUGUGGUCCCCCAGGCAUAUACUGGGGCUCCCCCCACUGAUGAAAAAGAGAAAAUCAUUUGGGUGCGAUUUGAGAAAGCUGACAUCAACGACACUGCCCGCAAUUCAGAGUUUAUGGAGAUGCACAGCGGUACUACUGACCCUCCUCUCUGUCUCGUGAUUGGCUACUCUGACGGGAUGCAGAUCUGGAGCAUAUCUUUGGCAGGGGAAGCCCAAGAACUGUUCUCGGUGCGCCAUGGUCCUGUGCGAGCUGCUCGCAUUCUGCCAGCUCCUCAUAUCAGUCCUCUGAAGACGGACAGUUUUGCUGACAAGAGGCCACUGCUAGGGGUUUGCAAGAGCACAGGGUCCUCUGGGACAAGUCCGCCGUACUGUUGUGCUGACCUGUAUUCUCUACGGACAGGAGAAAUGGUCAAAUCAAUUCAGUUUAAGACGCCCAUCUAUGAUCUCCACUGCAACAAACAUAUUCUCGCUGUGAGCCUACAAGAGAAGAUUGCAGCAUUUGACAGCUGCACCUUCACUAAGAAGUUCUUUGUUACAAGCUGCUAUCCCUGCCCUGGCCCCAGCCUCAAUCCAAUAGCUCUUGGAAGCCGCUGGCUGGCCUACGCUGAGAACAAGUUGAUCAGAUGUCACCAGUCUCGUGGAGGAGCUUGUGGUGACAAUUCGCAGUCUUAUACAGCUACAGUGAUCAGUGCUGCCAAAACUUUAAAGACAGGCCUGACAAUGGUGGGUAAAGUUGUCACCCAGUUGGCAGGCACCCUACCAGCAGCCACUCCGGACGAGGAGGGCACACCUCACAGUGCGAGCCGCCGUAGCCCCCACAACCCCGGUGUGGUCACCAUCAUUGACACACACAGUGUUGGCGAAGGACAGGUCUUGGUGAGUGAGGACUCGGACGGAGAGGGAGUGGUGGCUCACUUCCCAGCUCAUGACAAACCCAUAUCCUGCAUGCAAUUCAACCCCAGUGGAAUGCUGCUAGUGACUGCUGACACUCUGGGCCACGAUUUUCACGUCUUCCAGAUUCUCACCCACCCAUGGGCGUCCUCACAGAGCGCUGUUCACCAUCUCUAUACCCUGCAUCGUGGGGAAACUGAGGCCAAGGUCCAGGACAUGUGUUUCAGCCAGGAUAGUCGCUGGGUAGCCAUCAGCACCCUCCGCGGCACCACCCAUGUGUUUCCUGUUAACCCCUACGGCGGUGCACCCUGCGCCCGCACGCACAUGUCCCCGCGGGUGGUCAACCGCAUGUCUCGCUUCCAAAAGAGCGCCGGCCUGGAAGAGAUCGAGCAGGAGCUGAACAGAGCGGCUGCGUUAGGAGGAGGCAUAGGAGGAGGUGGCUGCAUCCUGGGUGGAGGAGGAGGCAUCGGGGGCCGCUGUAGCCCCAUACCUGGCCUGUCCAGCAGCCCCUCGGGGUCGCCACUGCAUGGCAAGCUGAGCAGCCAGGAUUCAUACAACAACUUAACCAAUAACAACAUGGGGAACCCGCGGCUGUCCCCGCUGCCCAGCCUCACCGUGGUGCUGCCUCUGGCUCAGAUCAAACAGCCCAUGACCCUGGGCACCAUCACCAAACGCACUGGACCCUACCUCUUUGGGGCGGGAUGUUUUGCCAUUAAAACUCCAUGCAAAGCUAAGCCGCCCCCUCAGAUCUCCCCGAGCAAGUCCAGUGGAGGAGAGUUCUGUGUGGCUGCAGUCUUUGCUUCGCCUCGCUCCUGGUUCAUCACCAACCCCAAUAUGAAAAGAGAGAAAGAUCAGUCCAGGCAGUCGGUCGUCGACUCACUGUACAUCAUCAGUUGCUAUGGUAACUUGGUGGAGCAUGUCCUGGAGCCUCGGCCAAUUAGCACCGCUCAAAAGAUUAGCGAUGACACACCUUUGGAGCUCAGCACCAGUCCAAGGGCCUGCUGGACUCUAGCCAGGACUCCACAGUGGAAUGAGCUGCAGCCACCCUUCAACUCUAACCACCCCUUGGUGUUGGCCUCAGACCUGGUGCAGUACUAUCAGUAUCUUCUGGCUGCGAUGCCCCCAGGAAGCCCAUGCCCAAUCAUGCGCCACGAGUCGUCAGACAGCCUGGCGUCGGGCCACAGUGGCCAGGAGGACGAGGAGUGGCUCUCUCAGGUGGAGAUUGUGACUCAUACAGGGCCCCACCGGCGCCUGUGGAUGGGCCCCCAGUUUCAGUUUAAGACCAUUCACCCUUCAGGCCAGACCACAGUCAUCUCGUCCUCGUCCUCAGUCCUUCAAUCCCAGGGCCCCACUGAUGUUCAACAGCCCCUGUUGGACUUUGACACUGACGACCUGGACCUACACAGCCUCAGGAUCCAGCCGGUACGUUCAGAGCCAGUCAGCAUGCCCGGCUCGUCGCGGCUGGUGCCUGAUCGUAGAGGACAGUCCAACAUCAUGGACUCAGGAUCAGGUUAUUCCUAAAAAAGAAGCUCCUCGCUCUGCAAAUUACCAUUUCAACAGUUUUUUUUUCCUUGCAAGCAUGCCUAUCAUUUUCAUUGCCCCUUCAUCCAUCCUUCCAUCCAGCCUUCCCUCUCUCCCUCACUACCCAAUCAUUGUUUUAUCAUUGGUGUGAGAGAGAGAAGAGGACAGGCGAGAUGAGGAGGAAGAGAAAGAGGAAGAGAGGACGAUGGCCAGCUUUCUACUUGUCUGUCUGUCUGUUUGUCCGUCUCAUUUUUGUCCAGGUAUGGCCUCAUGGAAAGUGGCCAUUCUGAUCGCAAGUCCAUUUGAUAAUAAUAUGAAACAGUUUGAAAAAAUUCUAGAGGAAAGCCACAAUGAAAUUGCAAUGAAAAGAUUGAACAGCACCACAUUACCAAGGCCUCAUCAAUAUUUCUUUCUAUCUCAGUUGCUGUCCUUAAAAUGCUCUCCUCAAGAAGCUGGCAUCACUACUGUCAUAACAUUAACGUUGACAGAGGGCAGGAUCGUUAAAUAUUUGGUGAUCACAUUCCCACUGCAGCCUCAUCAUCUUGUUGUUAGCGUACAUCUUCUGUAGGGCUGACCAAGGUGCUCUAGCUGCCGAGCUUUACGGCUUUGUUCGCUGUCAUGGGAAUUAAAACCAAACAGUACUAAACAGCUUUAGGGGGCAAGUUGGCCAAGACAUGUAUGUCGUUGCCCUGUUACAGCUUAUUUUGUACAUUAAUAUAGGUGACUACACAAUACCAGUGUUGUCACUGUGUCACGGCACAGGGAGCACUGGACAAAUAAUUUGUUAAGUCUACUGGAAUUGAACACUAAGCCUUGCCGCUGUACUAGCUAUUCACAGGCCGCAACAUAUACUGAGUGCCAUAGGUGGUUAAUGAUAAAUAAAAGAUGCAGGCGUCACUUGAACCCUGGUGACUUUGACUCGUCUUCAAACUUGGUAGCGGCAUCCUCUGGUCCGCUGCCAAACAUACACUCAACUCACAAUUGGUUUUAGUUUAUUUAGGAUAACACAACACAGACCUAAACUAAACUAAACUUUCAGGAAUGAAGGUUAUUAUUCAUUGUCCACCGCUGUCUCGACAAAAGGAGUCCCCCCACUAUUCCACAGCAUGGCAACUUUCUUGCGUUGGUGUUUCCUUCCUCCAUCGUUCGACAUCUGUCUAGGACAGUGAUCAGUAUGUGACUGUGACAACUGACAUAUCUUAAUUUGAAAUGAAAUCAGUCAUUUUAUUUAGAGUAAUUCAGCCUUAUUACACUCACACUGUCUUCACAAAAAUGUGUCAAAGACAGAACAGUUAUUAUUUGUGUAACUAUGUUGAAACACAAAGAAAGUUACCACAGAGACUGAUGAAUGAAGGUAAUGGUAGUAAUGUACAAUUUGGCAUUUGCUAAAUGAAAGCAGAGGAAAAGGAAGAGAUUUAGCCAUUUUCAUCAUUUAGCCAUCAUCAUUGUUUUGACAUUUCAGUGAACAGUGAAUUCAAAUUUCUCAGAAUUAGUGUGGCCUCAAUAAAUACACCACACUAUAUUUUAAUUUUUACAUAUAGCUAGAAACCUCCUUGUUUUGCAGAUCUCUGCCAGGGAUUAGCUGUUAAAGUGAUAAACGUCUCUUGAGUCCUGAAGUUGAAAUUUCAGCUAAAUGAGGAAAAGGAUUGUACAUUAAAAUGACUUGGACAAUGUUUCGUCAGAUUAAUUUGAUUAUUAAACCUACAGAAUUGACUAGACUUUUAUUUGCAGUGAUUGGACAAGAAACAAGUUUCACAGGGUGAAAGGUGCUAUAUAAAUAAACUUACAAAAAUCCUGGGGUGUGAAUGUUUCUCAUAUACUGGAACCGGCACCUCUGUUGCAAAUUGUAUGUGCUUAGAAUUAACACCGACAAGUGCAAAGCCACCAAAAAGUAGCGAUGAAGAGCAAGAGAAAGACAUCAGAAUGUCUCUUAUCAUAAAAUACGGCUGAUAUGUGCAUGGUGCCAUAUGUAUGCUAAAAAAAUGUACAAUACCAGUUAUUAGCCAGUUAUUAUGUUCCCGGAGCCAACAUUACUGCCUCAUAAGAAGCAGUUACACAGUCCUCCCAGCCUUCAGCUGACAACAGAGAUUGAAGCAAAGUGCACUGGGCUCAGCUGUCUCUUGUAUCACGGUGCAGUUUUUCUAUGGAGCAACUCACACAAACACAUAUUCAACACACACUCAGCAGCAUUUGCCCUUUAGGCAGAGAAUAAAGCACGUAUUAUACAUCCAAUUCAGGAUGCGAUGGGAAGGAGGGUCACAUUAUGAGGGAGGAAGUGCACAAGAGCACUUGUGUAUGCAAGGGACCAGGCAACAUGGUGUGUGUAUGGAGCUCCUACAGUGUUUCCUUGUUGUUCUCCUCAAACUGCCCACAUUAACAUGCAUACAGUACCACUUUGAGGAAAUGCACAAGUACAUGUACUAGUUUUAGGUAAAAUGUUCCUGUUGGAGAGCUUCCCUGUUCCCUCAUCCAUGUUUUCCCAGUAGUUUGUCUGCUCUGGUACCUCAUGCUAACAUCUUACAUACCGUACAUUAUGUUGAAUAAUAGAAGUUAAAUGGUAAAUGGACUGUACUUAUAUAGCGCCUUUCUAGUCUUUCUGACCACUCAAAGCGCUUCUAAGUGAAUACUAUUGACAAAUGACAUGGAUUAAAUGGGGCUGCUCUCAUGAAUCAGCCACAGCCGCCAGGUGUUUUUAACCGAAAAUAUCAGAUUAACUGACUAUGAAAGGGCUGCAAAAUAAAUGUUUUGAAAAGAGGUAAAACAUUCUUCAAGAAGGCACCUAAUAUGUAAUUACAUAUACGUUUUGGCUUAUCCGACUGCGGUACCAUUCAUUUAAAUAUAGAUGGAUGCUAUGUUUAAGUUAAGUGUUUUGGCAAGUACUUUUUGCCUACAUGCAAUUACAAAGGUUACACACCUUCAACAUUUCAAAUCUCAGCAUUAGACUAUGUUCUGACGUUCACAGUUAACAAACUACCAUGGGCAAAAGGUUUUAGUUGUUAUUUUUAAGCAGAAAUAGUACCUGAAACAUCCUAACUAGUGGAGAAACUAACCAACGAUAAUUGAAAAAAAUGAAAGUUACUUAUUUUACUUUACUUUAACUCUCAUGUAAGUGUUAGCAUGGAGCUUACUAUCACUCAGCAUAGUUUAAGCUAAACUUUUAGCAUGGAGCACAGGAGCACCUGGGACAUUAAAUAGUCUGUGUUUUCAUCACAAAGUGGAAGAGCUGACCAAUUGGACGAUCUUCAAAACUUUCAAUAAUCUCCUCUAACUGCUGUUGUUAUUGUGCAUUUGUGUAAAAAAAAAAAAUGAAUGUGUGUUAGACCCCUCAGUACUGUGCCUUGAGGUCUAGUUUGAUGGUUUUCAAUAACCAAUAAAUGUAUCGUGUCUGUAAUAACCAGUUAACGUCCUUAAAAUUGUACUUCUGUGUAUAUGUAUAAAACCUAAUUUCACGUGUAAA